AUGGCAAGGACGUUGAGUUUAAUAGUGGCAUUGCUGCUGGUCUUCGCUCUUACCGAAGCUUCUCGUGGACAAACUAAUCAGACGGAUGGACAGAAAAUAACGAAUCGUGGUACCGCGCGAUACAACUCCAAAUCAACGACAGAAUCGAAUAGUCCUUCUACAUCGGAAACCAGGUUGCCUCGCGAUAAGACUAAGAGUUCUCAUUUAGAAGCAGUUACGAACUUAGAAAAGCAUGAAACGCAUUUGGCGAGAGAAGGUCCGAUAAGGUCGCGGUCAAAAUUAAAGCAAUCACAGGCGGUAGAUGAUUCCACUGAUACAUCACGGACAAGUUCGAGGCAUUUGAAUACUAGUGUCGAUAAUUCACGAAAUCGUCAAAAAUCGUACGCCACGCAGGCUCUUAAAGAAGAAAUAACAAGGGACGACAAUAAAGAGAACGCGUCCGAAUCACGAACGCCGAAACGAUUGGCAGCUUCCCGAAGAACGUCUUCGGACGCAUCUCUCGUCUGGGUGGACAAUGUAAAGUUGGAUCACGAAGUGUUCACGAAGUCGGAUCAUUUGAGAUCGAGAACAGGAAGAAAGAUUUCUGUAAAUCACGGGAGAGAAUCGAAAGGUGAAUUAAUUCCAACCAGAAAAUCUCCAGAAAAUGAAAAUGUGGAAAAAAGUCUGAGCAAGGAAUUAGAAAAGGAAGCACAAUUGGAAUAUUCAAAGGCCGAGAACGAUACUUCGAAAGCAAACGUGUCAAAGAAAAUAGAUACGAAAAGCACGAACAAUUCUGGCAGUCCAAAAGACCAAGCAAAAGAUGUUCUGUUGUCGGGUUCCGAGAGUAUAAGAGUGAACGUUCCUCUAACGGUUGAAAAUGAUGAAGACGUCAAUCUUUUAACAUCCGCCACGGCUUCGUCCGUCAGUGUAUCCCCGAGACAAGCUUCAAGGUCGGACAGGGAAAAGGUGGAAAGCAACGAUAUCGCAAGAUCGAACACGAAGAAAAGUAGACAAUCUAAUCGAUCGAAAUCUCGUAACAGAUCCAAAACGAGGGAUCCUAAUCUCGAGACCGCGAAUUCCGGAAGUACUUCCCGCCGAGGUUCGUCCAGAUCCAGCAACACCACAACUGCGGAGACGAAUAGACGAUCCUCCAAUUCUAGACACAGAUCUAGCUCGAAGAACGUCAAUUCGAGAGGCCGUUCCGCACAUAAGUCGAGAGAUGCGGUCACGGCAGAAGCAAGAAACAGCGAUAGACAAAGAAAUACAGACACCGAUUCUGAAACGAAUGCAAAUAAACGAACGGACACACGACGUAACGACAGACGAACGUCUGAGGGAAAGCGAAGGUCCAAGGAUAGCAGAUCAAAAGCGGAAGUCAAGGUAGACGAGCAAGACAUCCGGGUGCAAUCCAGAAGUCGGUCACGCACAACUACGAGCAAUCUUGAUGUUACUACUGCUUACAUUCCGAAAGUGACAACCGUUGAAACUACGACUAUUCCUUCUGUGGACACCGAGAUUACGACAUCCAGUUCUACAACAACGAUCAGACCAUCGACAACGACUCGAACGUCCACUUCGACUGAGCGAGUUUCACGCAACAGAGGAAGAGAUAGAGGAGAAAGUUCUCGAGCAAUUAAACCCCCGAAGGAAGACUUUUUCAAUUACGGUUUAGGUUUUCGUGGUCGAAAGACCUCGACCGAGGCAUCGUCCUCGAUUGUUGCAGAACCAAGGACCACUACGCCUAAAAGUGAAACGCAAUUACGUGGUAAUCCCGGAUGGACUCUCAGACGUCGACCUGGUCACAUCAGUCAAGAUGCUUCUUCUUCAACUACAUCCGCGCCAAUCAAUCGAGAUCAGACCAACGAAAUUGUCUUGUCCACUGAUUCACCGAUGAGCACCGAAACGCCGUUAAAUAAUACAAAAGCCGGACGAAGAGGCACCAAAAGGCCAAAAGUAAAGGACGAAAGCGAUAUCGUAUCGGGCGUCACGGCAAAGAGCACAACAAGAGGCAGUAAAACCUUCAACAAAUCCGAAAGCUUUGGUCUACCCAAGGGAACAGAACCCGAGAGUGACAAUUAUCCUCCUGCAUUUCGAGCUAGAUUGUCUCAAUUGAAAAAUUCUAACCCGAAACCUACUGAAGGAAAAAGUACAACUAGGACCAGCUUGCAGGCCACGAAACCAAGUUUGACGAGUCUCUUCUCCGAAAGAUCCAAGCUGAAACUGGAGUUAGCCCGAAGAUUAAUCAAACCCGAACUAAAUGUUGACGAGAACAAUUUCGAUGUAACGACGACCGCUUAUUCCGAUAAAUCAAAAGCGAAAGAAGUUUCGACGGUCAGCGAAAGCAGAAACGUAGAGAAAACAACAAAAGCGAGUACCAACAAGCUCAUUGGUACUCGUGCCACACAUGGAAGUACAAUUGCGGGUGCACCGAAGGAAAAAUCAACCGUGAGAGACAGGUGGAAGAUCUUAGAGACCAGAAAAUCAUCGAAAGAUCGAAAUGUCAAAUCUUCACUUCGAUCACCCGCUGGUACGACUAAAAAAAUCCGAGUGACUUCUGAAAGAGCUUCUUCGUUCAUCGAAGAAACAUCGUCGAAGAGCGUUACAGAAUUCAACGUUAUACCACGUCUAAUUACAGCUUCACAUCGCGGUGCCGUUCCCGUAGAAGGAACGGCGGCCGCCACGACUGUUGAUACGACAAAAGUCCGAUCCCCGAGCACGGCAUCGCGGGACGAAGAGUUGACGAAUACGGUGGAAGCUAUAGAGGAAAACACCAUCAUUACAACUGUCGUACCGCUGAAGCUAGAUAAAACAUUCAGUGAAACUGUUACUGCAACAUCAGAUGCUGUAACUGAUGCAUCAACAGAAUCUAAAGUCCCCACGGAAUUCCCUCAAGAAAUUACACUACCACCGACCAUUACCACGGCAAACGAUGUGCUUUCGUCGUCUACACCAUCGACGUCAGAACAAAUAUAUCCCGUUUAUAUUCCGGAUGCGAAAGAGUUGUCGAGCAAUAAAGAAAAGAUGACAACCCCAAGCGAUUCGAGUAAAAGCAGCGUUCGAUCCCGUUAUACGAGUCAAGAACAGCCAGAUAAGGUGACGGUUUCUAUGGUGACAUCGAGAACCGCCGGACCUACUAGUAGGUACAUCCGGAAGAAAUCCGGCGUUUUCACGCCAUACGACUCCAUUCCCAAGAAAUUCAGUACGGAAGCGACGCUUACGCAGACAAAGCGACGAGAAUUCCGUCCGCGAACAUCGACUUAUAGGAGGCAUUCCGAGGUGCCAACCAGCCAGCUGGUGGUUCAGCCGCCGGCGACAGUCGAGCAAACGACAAUCAGCGUAGAUAUCACUCCAAAGCCGACCAAGUAUCACGCUCAAGUUGAACCGAGCACUCGAGCCUCGCCCUCCGAUCCGUUAGUCAGCGUGAGGAUCGACACCUCGAAUGAUACCACCUCGCGAGUAUCCGGUAUCGCCGGAAACAGCAAUGGUAAUAGCGGCAACUCCAACAUCUUCAAUCCUACUAGGAGUACGUAUCUCACUGCGAAUACCACUACGCUGCUGGAGCAACUACGGAGCACCGUGGCACCGCUCUUGAACAACUUAGGUGACAAGACCCCUAUCUUCUCCGGAGCUUAUUCUAAUGUGAAUACAGGGAAUUCAGCCCCCAGGAUAACACCUAACGGUUCCCCGCCAAGAUUCAGCGCGAGAUAUAAAGGAGCAGAAUUGUUUGUAAGAAAACCGUCCGUUGGUCAAGCUGUGGUACCAUCGAUCACAACGUCAUCGACUACGGCCUCAACACUGAUAGAGAAUUCCGGUUCGGCACCACCCGUUGCCAUCAACAGCCCCGGCGAGCCGAGAUUCAUCACUUUUUAUCAGGCGUUAGAGUCGGCUAGCAUAAGAAAUGAAAAUUUGGGUGCGGAAGACGUGUCUCAGCGGCAAAGACUAACUGGCGUAGUAACGAAGGUAGACCCUAACGCUACUGUACCUAACGGCGCCGGUAACGAUAUUGCUAACAACAAUGACACCAUCGCUCCAUCAAUCACCGCGACUACUACUACUACAUUCUCCCCAGAUAUCACUACCGUAGACACUACCACUGCCGUUCAAUCGGCAAACAAUUCGCUCGCUUCGAAAUUAGGUGCCGAGAAUAAUAUCGAUGGUAAUCCGGAAACCACCACGACAGUACAAACCCCCGCAAACCUGGACACAAAUGAAGGAGAAACGACUCCGGUCCCCAUCUCGGAAUCGCCCGGAACCACCGUCCCCGUUAACACGAUAACACCACCGUCCACCACUACCGAAACAGCCACGUCGACAAGCAUCGCUAAUAUGACUUUAGCAGCGUUGUCCUCUACAGAAUCCUUUUCUAACGACAAGCUGAUAAACGCGAGCACCACGGAAGUGACAACGCUACCCAUCACUGAAAUGGUAAACGCAAGAAUAUACAUGCCCGCUUCUCAAAAUUUGCAAACGGCGAAUGACACAUCGGAUACAGCGAUACCAUCUCCGAUCACUGAGAACGUUACCGUGAUGCACUUACCACCGGAAGCGACAACUAUACUUGCGAUGAACACGUCGGAGAGUAUCGAAACGAAUACCGUGCAACAAUCUGAGGAAACCACACUUCGAACAGAAACGACCAUCUCAAUCGAGGAUAUAGAAACAAAUACCAUUCAGCAAUUCGACACAACGGAUCCGUUUCAAAUAACAGAAAUUACGAGCACUGCUGAGCCGACCACGACCGAAGAGAUUUCGAAUGACGUAAUCGAAAUCGGUGCGACGGCGACACCCGCUUUCUCAUCUACAUACCGCACACGAUUAGUCGAUUACGCGCAAAAUAUUCUAUCGCUUAUAUCGCAAAAAGAGGUUUCUACGAUUAACACACCGGUUCAAAGACCUACCGCCACGACGACCGUCUCUCCCGAGCUGUCUAACGCGAUACCGGAUUCGUCAUCAACGAAUACGGAGAACCCGACGCAAUCGGAAGAGACGACUACCAUGCGGAUAGCUGGACCGGAUAGCGACGAAACGACGGAGUCGUUUGAUGUAGAGUUCGUACCGAUCACGACAAACGAACCAGAAGAGACCCUUCGAAACACAAUAGGUGUGAAUACUACGCUUCAGGGUCAGUCUAACGAUCAAAGGAUAAACGCACAGAUUACAUUGGACUCGAAUACAACAACGGUACAGACAUUAUCGAGUAAUAUAGGCAACGAGAGUAACGCAACAUUGGAUCCCGAAUCGACAACGAUAGCUCAGGAUGCGCGAGCUCCAACGACGAAUGGAGAAGUCGCGACUACCACGCUGACACCGACCGUGCGACUCGUCGAAUCGGUUACGGAGAACGACCCCCGAUCGUCUAAUGAUACAUUACUCACUGAGCUAAUGACUAUCGCGAAGACUCUCUUCACGGAAGCGAUGAACGACACGCGACAGUUGGUUCAAACUGACGGCACGGUAGGAAACGAUAGAAAUCGAAUCGUGUCCGUAUUGAACGACACGUCAGAAGCUAUCACUACACCUUCCGAACUUUCGAAUGCUUUAGAAAGCACUACCGAACGUAUAAACGUCACAACACCCAUUGAGUUAUUCGAAAAUGAAAGAGGAGAUAAUUCGACCCGCGGCCCUGUUGUAGGAUCGAAUAUUUUUUUAGUGGAAUCUAACGCGCGACCCACCGAUGUAGAUGAUGUUACCACAAUACCCCUUUCGCAGAUGAAGACCGGAACAUCAAACAUCACUACGGUUACGGCCAGCAUGAGUUCUGAACUAAUUACUAAUAUGCCUGACUCACAAUUAUCUAAUCCGAUUGAAUCAUCCAGUAACAAUACUGAACAACAAACUAUUACGACAGUUUCGAGUAACGAGACCCAGUUGUUGAAUCGGUUAUUAUUCACUACUAAUAAUCCCUUAGCAAGCUCUGUUACCGCGAGUACAGAGGGACUGCUGUCCACAUCUGACGUAAACGAGUCCACGACGACGAACAUGGUAACGGAAUUAACCACUAGUGUAGCUGUGACGGAAAUAAACGUUGUGCAAACGAACGCCGUAGAUACCACUAAUCAAACACCGAUACCCACCACGAUAGUGCCUGCAUCUGACCUACAGGUUACAAACGACCAAUCCCUCAUAGCAAAUACAUCGGAUAUCACUACAACACUUUCAAUGGUAUCCGAUACGAGCGAUACCCAGCCAUUUGAUACAGAACCUCCCAUUACGGAAUCAGUUCGUAAUUUAGUAAGCUUCACCGACACUACCACUAAUCAACUCAACGACAUAACAACAAACGCCCCUCAAACGCUAACCAAUCUCGUAAGCGAGAUGCCAAAUCUUAUUGCCCGUUUACAGGAUACAACGUCAACAACAACCGCCCAAGGGACGGCUGGUUCGAGAAUCAUUCAACCCGAGCAAACGACCGAAACCAUCAUCACUACCACCACCACCGUUCCUACCAUCACAUCAUCUUCAACCGCAUCAACAACCGAUUCCACCACAUUUCCCAUAUCCUCUACCGAUGCAUCAACCAUCCCGUCCUCAUCAGUCCAGUCUACUGUAGCAACCACGACAACAACGGAGACCACGACGACGACAUCGACAACAACUUUCCGAACGACAUCAACAGAAGCAUUAUCUACCACUGUCGGAUCGACAACCGAAAUGACCACUAUGACUGCCGACAUAAACGAUAAUCUUGUCUCCACCGAGACGACUGAUGCCUCGACUACGCGAGGUACAACGGUCAUCCCGACCGAAUCAGAAGAUCUGAACACGAUAUCGAGGAUAAAUGACGGAGAAGGAACGACGACUACAACAACAACCACAACAAGUGCCGCACCACCCACAAAUGGCACAAAUACAUCAACCACAACAACCAUGUCGAGUACCGCACGGACUACUAUGCUAAAUCGAGUAUCAUCAUUUCCGACACCAUAUCUGGGACGUUUCAACGGCAGCCAAAUGACUCCACUCCCAAGACCCAGCUCCUCCAAUGCUCCUGUUCGUGACUACUUGAUUUAUGGUAUUUAUCCCAACAAGACCAUUGUGCGGAAGCGGCCAGAGGACAAUGUGAUCGACGGCAGAAACGUAGACAGCCCGUACGUGAUAUUCGGCAUCUAUCCGGACGGCAGACUGGUUCGGAAGUUUCCCAACGGGACGAUAAUACCGGAUUCACCCACGAACCCGGUCGAGGUUGUGUUCACGCUUAGAACUACCACUACUACUAACCGACCAGCACCCUGGCCAUAUUAUAACCAGGCUAACCAAGCAGGCGUUUAUAACAACCAGUAUCAAGCCCCGGUGUAUAGUAAUGGUAGACCCGUGGAUGACCCGACGAGAGGCGCCCAGAGCCCCGGAUCCCUUGAUUUUGGACUCAUUGGUAAUGCGAUCGGCGUUACCCCUGGAGGCCCCAAUUUCACGGGACCAUUUGGUCCCCCUGCUAGCGUCCCAAGCACAAACAAAAUGAGCGACAUUUUAUUAAAUUCUCAAAUGGGUACGUUGCCGAACUCACUCGGUAAUCAGAGGCCAAAUAGCAAUCAAGUACAAGGCCCUCCAAGGAUCACUCAGGAUCGCGAAAGAAAUGAAGCUUCUCGGACAAGAGUGACUUCUGAUCAAAACAGCGCUGUAUAUAUCGGACAGGAUAAAUUUAUUAAUUACCAGAUUGACGGUGCACCUGAUGUCAAUCCAAAAGUCGUUGAUGUAAGAAUAAAUUCAGUGGCCACUUCUGUGAACGAAGGUACGUCAUCAUCUACAGCGUUGAACCCGUCUUUUGAAAAUUUACUGAACAAUCAAUCGGGUGGUAAUGUAAUAACAGCACCUCCCGGUUUUCCUUGGAGAGACCCGCUCGAUCAGAUAUUCGGUAUCACUACCAACUCACCUAUACAAACAGCAUCUGUGGCAUCAAAUCAACUAGACGAGCCGACCGAAAACAAUGCACCGAUUGUGUCGCGAGUAAAUUCCAUGGUGGAAGUUUUCACACCAAUCGUGAGCACUGCAGUAACAUCGCCAUCCACAACUACGACUACUGCUGGCACUACUACACCUACUACUAUUGUCAGUACUACCACUCCUACUACAACUACCAGCACCACGACUCCUACUACUACUAGUACUACUACUAGUACUACUACCACACCGGCACCAACAACCGCUACUACUACUACCACCACUACAACUACCACAACAACUACUACUACUUCAACAACCCCUGCAACGACCACAAGUCAAACAAUAACAACACCAGCAAGAAUAGGAGCAGUUCCACCUAUUCCACCGUCAUCUACUACAUCGACAAUACCAACGAAUAACAUAUUAAACAGAUUACAAGCGAAUACGGUGGAGAAUCCCUUCGGUAGUACGUACGGAGAUUUGGCUUUCCUGAAUUCAUUGUUACAAAAUAACAACAAUGUUAAGUCUACUACGCCGAAAACGUUAACUGACAUAGAGCAAUUAUUAGCAAAUAGGAUUUUAUCGCUUGCAUUGGCUAAUCCUGGACCAACGCGAUCGCCAAAAGCGAUUCAAACCUCGAAUUUGAAUACGAAUGUGAAUGCAAUCAAAAGCCCAUCAAAGAGUCCGUCAUUCGGAUUGUCUUCCGAACCAAUAAUAAUCGACUUGCUACCACUUGCAUCACCUACGCCAAGCAUAUCCAGCAGCAUGUCACCUACGAAAAAGUACACUGAAACAAUCACAAUUACAAAAGCUAACACCGCACCGAGUAUUACGACUAAAGCACCAGUCGUUAUCACUGCCAAGCCUAAGACGUCAACAGCCAGACCCAAAGCUACCACCCCUCAACCAUCCGUAGGAUUUGGUGCGGGUUUAUGGCGAGCGUUGUUUGGUAACAACUUUUUCGACACGACCACUGCAGCAAGCGUUGCAAAAAAGAAACCCACGGUUAAGACAAUAACUCAAAAACCUGCCAGUACCACUCAAGCAUCAGCGCAGAUCAACAAGUCGACUCUUACGAAUCACGUAAUAACCACGAUUAAACCACCAACGACGCCAAGAAACAUAGAUAUUUCGGAUAUCCAUGUGGCUUCGAGCACAUCGCUCGCGGAUAAUAUUAUUUCCGCGUCAACGCCAAGUACGAUUUCAACCACGCUCUUAAAUAAUCCGAAUCCUAGAGUAAGAGACGUCUCUACAUCCACGUAUUCACCCGAGGACGACGCGAAAUUCUUAGCUGCGCUUCUGCAAGCAGUACAAACAGAAACGAAAACGAGUACUUCGGCAACAUCACGAUUAACUGAGGAUGAUGAAGCCUUUUUGAGAGCGAUUUUAAAUAAUCAGGCUAGCAUUUCUACCACAACAUCGUCAUCUACUGAAGUGAAUCCUGCUGCUUUGUUGGCUCUACUCUUGAAACAACAAGGAAUAGAACCCACAACACCAGCAACGAAACUUAGGGAACAAUUACAAUUAUCAAGUCAAGGUCUGCUUAUGCCGGAUGCAACCUCGACCACGACUCGACCAACAACCAAUAAACCGAUCAGCACAACGAAGAAAGUAGUGACAUCGAGACCAUCUGCGAGACCAACAGAGAAUUUACAAACUACGACGUGGGCUCCAAGUUCAACGUACCCGCCUCCUCUCUUCGGAGGAAGUGGAUCGGGUAGCGGGCUGGUUACCGCUACUAGAGCCAUAGGUAGAUUCCUUGGCGCUGCCAUUUCGGGUGCAGCUCAACAGUUACAAUCUUUACUAAGAAAUAGUACCAGAAGCGCAGCCGGAUAACAUUAGAAUGGAAAAGGAUAAUAUACAUCAAAUUUUCAAUCAACCUGAGAACAAAUGUCAGGAUUGAGAUAGUUAUUAAUUAAUAUCGUGUUUCCUGUUGAAAGUGCAUACAAUGGCAACAUGGAAGUCGACAAAACGCUAGGAAAGUUCAAUCAAGACAAUAACAGGAAGUAAACUUGCUCAAUUAUUACGAGGACUAUUACGAAUAAUGCCAUAGAUGAAUACGUCUCAAAACCAUUCCUGUUUUAAUAUUUUAUCAAAAAAAAAAAAAAACAUUUUCA